AUCUCCCGAGUCUCAAUUUUCUGGAGAACUCUGUUGGGUUUUGAUGGAUACAAAACUGAGAAAUCAAACGGUUCCAUUUUCAUCUGCUUCAAAUUAGUAUUAUGAUACAAUUUUGAGAGUUUAAAUUGUCAAAAAUUUCCCCCUUUCUUUUCAGCAUAUUGGGUUCCUUGCUGUCCCUUGUAUUUUUGUAGUCCAAGAAGAUAACCAAGUGGGGACUCACACUGACAAGCAUUUGCAUGGACCCAAUGGAAACAUGAGAUGGAUAGUAACAGAGCACAAGCUGAGGAAAUCUUGAUUAGAAGCCACUAAACCGGUAAGUUUUACCCGAGAACAUGAUAAAGAAUCCCACUGAAAUAUGAAAGGGACUUGUGAAAGCCAGUAUCUUCAUCAUCAUCGAAAGCCGAGAACCAGCAGUAACAAGUACAAUGAUGAUAAAGCUCCAGCUACUCCUCCACCAAUAUCGACAACCACAUGGGCUUCUUAGAAAAUCUAGUAGUCCCAACUCGGAGCUUCCUAUAAGAUGGGGUUGCAGGGUGGCAGAGAAGGAGGCGCAACCGCUCUGUCAUCAUCAGCUGCUAGCAGUAUGAGACCUUUCGCCACUACAAGUAAAAGUAAUGCCACCAUUGCCCAGUAUAAUGCCGAUGCUGCGCUUUUAGCUGAGUUUGAGCAAUCUGGUGUCUCUGGUAAGUCAUUUAACUACUCAAGAUCAGUGCUUUCUGCACCAGAUACUGUCCCUGAAGGGCAAAUAACUACUUACCUAUCCAGAAUCCAAAGAGGAGGGCUAAUUCAGUCCUUUGGUUGCAUGAUUGCAAUUGAAGAACCCACUUUUAGGAUCAUUAGUUCCAGCGAAAAUUGCUUUCAAUUGUUGGGUCUGAGUUCACACAAUGAACUCGAGUCCAAUCAAGUAAAGAGUUUGAUUGGGAUCGAUGCAAGAUCCCUUUUUACGCCUCAAUCGGGGGUUUCAUUGACAAAAGCUGCUGCUUCAAGGGAAAUUUCAAUGUUAAACCCGAUUUGGGUUCAUUCUAGGACUAACCAGAAGCCGUUUUAUGCUAUACUGCAUAGGAUUGAUGUGGGAAUUGUAAUUGAUUUGGAGCCUGCAAGAUCUAGUGAUCCUGUUCUCUCUCUUGCUGGCGCCGUACAGUCACAGAAACUCGCUGUUCGUGCAAUUUCUAGGUUGCAGUCGCUCCCUGGAGGUGAUAUUGGGGUGUUGUGUGAUACUGUCGUAGAGGAUGUUCAAACACUUACUGGCUAUGACAGGGUUAUGGUUUAUAAGUUCCACGAUGAUGAUCAUGGAGAAGUGGUGUCAGAAAUUAGGAGGUCUGAUUUGGAACCUUACUUGGGUUUGCACUAUCCUGCUACAGAUAUCCCCCAAGCAGCACGUUUCUUGUUCAAGCAGAAUCGCGUGAGGAUGAUUUGUGAUUGCCAUGCCAGUCCGGUGAGGAUCAUCCAAAGUGAAGAAUUGAAGCACCCUCUUUGUUUAGUCAAUUCAACUCUUCGGUCACCCCUUGGCUGCCACACACAGUACAUGGCCAAUAUGGGGUCCAUUGCUUCAUUAGCAAUGGCAGUUAUCAUAAAUUGUAAUGAUACAACCAAGCUUUGGGGCCUAGUUGUGUGCCAUCACACUUCCCCGCGGUAUGUCCCUUUCCCCCUUCGUUAUGCAUGUGAGUUACUCAUGCAGGCUUUUGGGCUACAACUCCGUAUGGAGCUUCAGUUGGCAGCACAGUUGAUGGAAAAGAAGAUCCUCAGGACUCAGACGUUGCUCUGUGACAUGCUUCUCCGAGAUGCCCCUUUUGGUAUUGUCACUCAAUCCCCUAGUAUUAUGGAUCUUGUGAAAUGUGAUGGAGCUGCAUUAUGCUAUGGAGGAAAAUGUUGGUUGCUGGGCAUAACUCCAACUGAAUCACAGGUAAAAGACAUUGCAGAGUGGUUGCUCACUAAUCAUGGAGAUUCUACCGGGUUGAGUACUGAUAGUUUGGCUGGUGCUGGUUAUCCUGGUGCUGCAUUACUCGGUGAUGCUGUUUGUGGCAUGGCUACUGCUAGAAUCACUUCAAGAGAUUUUUUGUUCUGGUUUAGGUCUCACACUGCCAAGGAAGUCAAAUGGGGAGGAGCCAAGCAUCAUCCAGAAGAUAAAGACGAUGGUGAAAGAAUGCACCCAAGAUCAUCCUUUAAUGCUUUCCUGGAGGUUGUGAAGAGCAAAAGUUUGCCUUGGGAAGUUUCAGAAAUUGAUGCUAUUCAUUCUUUACAGCUAAUAAUGAGAGACUCGUUUCAGGAUAUGGAGAACAGUGGUUCCAAGGCAUUGGUCUAUGCUCAGCAAGAGGACAUGGGGACACAGGGUGUAGGUCAAUUAAGUUCAGUGGCAUGUGAAAUGGUUAGAUUGAUUGAGACAGCCUCGGUUCCAAUUUUUGGGGUUGAUUCAGCAGGUCUUAUCAAUGGAUGGAAUGCCAAAGUUGCAGAGUUGACUGGAUUACAAACAAGUGAAGCAAUGGGGAAGUCUCUGGUUCAUGAAAUUGUUCACGAGGACUCUUGCGGAGUUGUUGAAAGUAUUUUGGGCAGAGCUUUGCAAGGUGAGGAGGACAAAAAUGUUGAGUUAAAACUGAGGAAAUUUGGGUUUCAUCAGCAAAAGCCAGUUGUAUAUGUUAUGGCCAAUGCCUGCACAAGUAGGGACUACUCAAACAACAUUGUAGGGGUAUGCUUUGUGGGCCAAGACAUCACAUCUGAAAAACAUGUUAUGGAUAAAUUUCUCCGACUACAAGGAGAUUACAAGACUAUCAUAGAAAGCCUUAAUCCACUGGUACCACCAAUAUUUGCUUCAGAUGAGAAUGCCUGCUGUUGUGAAUGGAAUGCUGCUAUGGAAAAGCUGACAGGUGCAACAAGACAGGAGGUGAUAGGCAAAAUGCUUCCUGGAGAGAUCUUUGGGAGUCUUUGUCGGCUAAAAGUUCAAGAUACUUUAACUAAGUUUAUGAUUCUGUUGUAUCAAGGAAUUAGUGGUCAAGAUACUGAGAAGUUUCCAUUCGGGUUUUUCAAUAGACAAGGGAAAUUUGUGGAGGUGUUCUUAACAAUAAGCAAAAGGACUGGACCAAAUGGGAAUGUAAUUGGCUCUUUCUGCUUCUUGCAGAUUGUCGAGCCUAACCAGCAGCAGGCCUUUGAUAUACAUAGACAAGAGGGCCGAGCAAACUUUCUGAAACUGAAAGAGUUGGCUUACAUACGACAAGAAAUGAAAAAUCCUUUGAAUGGUAUUCGGUUUACCCACAAACUUCUCGAGGAUACAGCAGUAUCAGAACAUCAGAAGCAAUUCCUUGAAACAAGCAAUGCAUGUGAAAAACAGAUUAUGGCCAUAAUUGAGGAUAUGGAUUUAGCAAGGCUAGAGGAUGGCAACAUUGAGCUCAAGAUGGAAGUAUUUCUUUUGGGAAAUGUUUUAGAUGCCAUUGUUAGUCAAGUCAUGAUUUUGCUGAGAGAAAGGAAUAUACAGCUUUUUCUCAAGAUCCCAGAUGAUAUCAAAACACUGUCAUUGUACGGUGAUCAAAUUAGGCUUCAGCUGAUCUUGUCAGACAUCUUGCUUAGUGUUGUUCUACAUGCACAAUCUCCGGAUGGCUGGGUAGAAAUCAAGUUUUCACCUGGUCUGAAGCUGAUACAAGAUGGAAAUGAGCUUAUCCGUUUGCAGAUCAGAAUGACACAUGGGGGUCAGGGCCUUCCACCUGCUCUCAUCCAAGAUAUGUUUGAGGGAGGAAAUCACUGGACUACACAAGAAGGCCUAGGACUGAAACUGUCUCGAAAACUGCUUAAUCAGAUGAAUGGUCAUGUCCAGUAUACAAGGGAGCAUGAUAAAUGUUACUUCCUCAUUGAUCUUGAACUGAAAUUGAAAGGAAGAUCAACGGUGGAGCAAGCAGACACAAGUAGAAUGACCUGACUUUCUGCUUCAGUACCUUCUUCUCUGGUUGUUUAUGUGGAGUCAAGUAGAUUCUAUCUUGCUCAAAUGCCUAUAUGACUGGAAGUAGAGAAUUUAUAGUAAUUCGCAGUGGACUUGGGUUGUAGUUGCUUUUCAGUUUUCACUCAACACAUGCUCUGUUGCAUUCCAUUUUCAACCACCUAAUUGUAUAUUUCUAGCUAGACACUUGCGUCCGUUGAGUGGAUAUUUUUAUUUUUGAAAAAUUAUUAAUAAAAUAUAAUAUAUAAAUUUAGAAAAAGU